AUGUCCUCACUGCAGGCGCCACCGAACUUUCCCUAUCGUCGGCAAGAGCACAGCGGGUCUGAAACGAUAGACCUUUUCGAUGAUGACACUGACUUCGCUGAUGUGAAGCCAUGCGCUUCUAGAGAACGACCUUCUCCUAAAAGAAGCACCGUAGAGGCUGAGCAACCCGCAUCAGCCCCGAAGCGACCCCGCAGCAGCGAGCUACACCCAUCUCCGGCAUCUACGUCCAAACGAGAUCCGCAUCCAAGCCCCAGCGGCUCACUUCAUCGGCCUGCAUCUAUGCGCAGCUCAUCCCCGGUCCCGUCCUCGUCAGCCCAUGAUCCUUCCUAUGAUCACUACUCAGACGAAGAGCUGAUGGACUUGUUCCGCAGCCACCAACAAAUGUUCAUGAAUCGUGUACGGAGUUUCGAUCAGCUGGAGCAAGGAUGGCAUGGAAAGGAUGCUUGGUGCCGGUGGAUCGAUCACGCGGAGAGCAUCAAACGCUUCCAGGACUUGCUUGCGAAGAUCGCAGAUGCCCUCUUGGGCCGUAACCCCGCUGGCGAGCCUUCUGCAUCCCUAUCCGUGAAACCAUCCUCCGCCACCCGGCAGCCGACUACUCCUCUACCAUCCAAUCGACCUACCCCGGCAUCUUCUCUUGACGGGCAAAACGGGCUUCCUGCUCAGUUAAGCUUCACCACCCGAGCCGAGUCUAGCUCCUUUCAAGUCGUUGGAGGGAACAUCGUAACCGCGCCUAGCCGGGAGAAUGCAACAGACGCAACAAACUCCGCUUCGUCCUCUUGGCUUCUUCCUGGACUAGCCUCAGCCGCCACCACUCCUUCAGACAAAAGUGUACAAAACCCAGCACCGCAAGACCCAUUCGCCGCUCUGCAUCCCGGUGUUCGCAUCGUGAACAGCGACGAUGACGAGGAUUGGUCGUCGGUCUGCAGUCGUUCACCUGAAGCCGACCGCUUACCUCCCGCGAACCCAGGUGUGGCGCAUUCAACCAGCGAGAGCGGGCCCACACCUAUCGUCAUUGACGACGCUGAUAAUUUUGAAGAGGAAGCCCCUGGCGGCACCGCUCGCAACGAGGUGCAAGUGCAGGACCUGGUCGACGAUGUUUGUGAUGACGAGGACGACGAAGACCUCCCUGCUGAAGUACAGAUUGCAGAGCGAGGCCCUUCUUUGCAGAAACCCUUGACCAAGAAGGCGAGGCUACAGAUGCCUACAUAUCCUUGGACUAGGAGCGUCUGGUACGAGUUGCGGCACAGAUUCAAGUUGAAACUUUUUCGGGCGCAUCAGCUCGAGGCGAUCAACCACAUCCUUAACGCAAGAGAUGUCUUUGUACUCAUGCCAACAGGCGGCGGUAAGUCGCUCUGCUACCAGCUUCCUGCCUGCGUAAUGCAGGGUAAGACCGAUGGCCUCACUGUUGUCGUGUCCCCGCUCCUUUCGCUCAUUCAGGAUCAGGUGCGGCACCUCAUCUCUCUGAGAAUUCCCGCCACGAAACUCACCGGAGACAUGUCGUCAGCGGACAAGAACAAGGUGUGCCAAGCCGCUAUCGCUGGCAAUAUACGACUGCUCUACCUAACGCCGGAGUACAUUCGUCAGUCUGGACAGGCCAAGACCCUUUUCAAUGACCUGUACCGACAGAAGAAGAUCGCCCGUUUCAUUGUCGACGAAGCCCAUUGCGUCAGUCAAUGGGGCCACGACUUUCGACCUCACUAUACCGAGCUCGGCGAGCUGCGCCUAAGCUACCCGGACGUGCCUAUCAUGGCCCUGACCGCCACGGCUAAUGCACGUGUCAUCAAAGAUGUUAAGGAGUGCCUGAGGAUGAAGAAUGUGGAACACAUUUCGCAAAGCUUCAACCGACCGAAUUUAGAGUACCAGGUGCGCAAAAAGCCUAAGACGAAUGUGAAGGCGAUGGAGGAGAUCUCUAGUCUCAUCCUGACAUCUCACAAGGGGCAGUGCGGUAUCAUCUACUGCUUCAGCCGCGAGUCAUGCGAGACAGUGGCUCACGAUCUUAGCACCCAAUAUGGCAUAUCGGCGCACCACUACCAUGCUAAGCUUAGCGCCGACGAUCGCGCCAUGGUGCAGCAACGAUGGCAGAAGAACGAGUUUCAGGUCAUCGUCGCCACCAUCGCUUUCGGCAUGGGUAUCGAUAAACCCGACGUACGGUUCGUCAUACAUCACUCGGUACCAAAGUCUCUCGAAGGCUACUAUCAGGAGACGGGCAGAGCAGGACGCGAUGGCAAACAAUCUGUCUGCAUUUUGUACUACAGCUUCGGCGACAUCUCGAAGAUGCGGUCGAUGAUCGAGAAAGAGGAGGGCAAGACACAAGAGGCAAAGGACCGGGCGCUCGAGUCGCUCGACCAGAUCUCGCGUUUCUGCAAGAACGAGAUCGAUUGUCGCCGCGUUCAGGUCUUGCGCUACUUUGGCGAAGACUUCUCUCCCGAGGGAUGCGCGAGCACGUGCGACAAUUGCUGUCGCAAGACCGGAUCUAUCCGCACCGAGGACGUCUCCGAGCACGCAAUCAAGGCCGUCAAGCUGGUCCAAGCCAUCACAGGAAAGAGAAGCACCUGGACGCUGCCACACUGCGUUGACGUCUUCCACGGUAGCAAAGUCAAGAAGGUCCGCGAAGCAGGCCACGACAAGGCUGAGAUGCACGGUGCUGGCUCAAAGCUACCCAAGGCUGAGAUCCACCGACUCUUCGAGCAUCUUGUCUCUGAGAAGGCCUUACGUCUCCGGGAUGUACGAAACCGAGCAGGAUUUAACACCAGCUACCUGCACGUCGGCGAACACGCUCACAAGGUCCUGAAUGGGUCGAGGAAGGUGUAUAUGCAGUUCGAGACUGGGGCUUCGAAUGCGGGGGCUGCAAAAGCCAAGAAUCCCAGCAAGCAACCAAGGCAAGCAAGAGAUGAGGACUUUGCCGAAUACGACGAAGAUGUUCACGACAUCUCGAACGUCAGUCUCAGCCCUCAAGAUGCUCGAGGCCAGCCGACAAGCGACACUGGAACCAUCGAGGAGAUCCCUGCUGAGAUGUUUGACGAGGACUUUCACCCCGACGACGACACGGAUGACGACGCGCCGCUUAAUGCUACAAGCUGGUCUGCGAAUGCCCGCAAUACUCGCAACGGUGGGAACGCGCCCGCAGAAGAGGAUGAAGGCGAUUUCGAGAUCGAUGAGGGCAAGUCCACGGAUGCGGUCGACUCUUGCUUUCGUGACUUGCAGAAGGUGGAUGCAGACCUAGCACGAAAGGAGAACAGGUCUCAAGACUUCUUGGUCAAUGUGAGUAUCCUCUGGGAUAUGGCUGUCUUCAGGCCGAACAGCUUAGCUCUCGCGCGAUCGAUUCUGGAAAAGGAGAACGCAGAAUUCACCAAGUAUGCUCCAUGCUACUUCGAGGUUUGCCAGCGUUAUAACAGGACACCGGCUGUUGGAGGGUCGAAUUUCGAAAGUGACUUUUGGGGAGGAACGUCACCGCCACAGCCACCGCGCUCACGGCCUGCGGCUCCAUCUGCCCAUAGCAGCUCAGGUACACCGCGGGGGAAUCGGACAGCAGCGCCACGCAAGAGCGCUACUGUUGUUGCGGCCAAUCUCGGUCGAUUUAUCUACGAAGAGGGUGAUGCUGGAAGCAAUCGGACGAAGGCAGCUGCAACGCCGAGAGGAACAAACCGCGCAACUCCACGCGUGUCGCCAAAGACGACGAUCCUCAAGACUAGCACUGCUUCAAAUGCGAAUGGGAAUGACAAACCAAAGCCGACCUCAGCAGCAGCGGCGCCUUUAAAGAGGCUCACGAUGGCGCCUCCCGUCUUCAACGGUUCUGGUGUCGGCAGGCUGAUGAUCACGCCUAUGCCACUCGAUCCUUCGCAGAGAGCGGCGAAUCGACCUCGUCCAAGCUAG